AAUAGCACAAUUAAUUGAUGUUUGAUGAUUAUGAUAUUCUAAUUUCAUUUCUAUAUUACUACGAAUUAACUUUUAUCUCUCUAAAUAUCGCCUUUCAUUUUAUGGAUAAGAUGGACUUGAAACCAAAGUUUGCCCAGAAGAUCUUUGAGGGAGAAGGAGGAGAAUACCACAGCUGGUCAAGCAAGGAUUUCCCGUUGCUUCCGGAGAACAAGAUAGGCGGCGGUGUUCUUCUUCUCAACCCUCGUGGAUUUGCUCUCCCUCACUAUGCUGAUUGCUCUAAGAUUGGCUUUGUUCUUCAAGGCAAUGAUGGAGUAGUAGGAAUGGUAUUCCCUAAGGCAACAAAAGAAGUGGUGGUGAAGCUCAAGGAAGGAGACAUCAUUCCGGUGCCACUAGGAUCACUCUCAUGGUGGUUCAACCAAGGAGAUAACAAUUCCAAUCUCAAAAUAGUGUUCUUGGGAAAGACAAACGACGCUCACAUUCCCGGAGAGUUCACCUAUUUCCUUCAAACAGGUCGCUUAGGAGUCUUAGCAGGCUUCUCAAAUGAUUUCAUUUCCCAAGCAUUUGGUCUCACCUCAGAUGAGACAGAUACGAUGGCCAACAGCCAAGAUGGCUCUUUGAUCAUCACAGUUCCAAAAGACAAAACCCUACCAAAACCCCACCAUGGAAAUGGUGAUCCUAUCACCAAGGAAAUGGUUCAUAACAUAGAUUCUUCUUUUCCACAUGGCCUUAGAGUCGAGAAGGAGAGCACUGGAGCUUGGACUACAUUGACUCAAGCAGAGUUUCCUUUCCUUGAAAAAGUUGGGUUGAGCACUAGUUUGAUUGAACUGGGUGCCAAUACCAUGAGUUCACCAAUUUACACCACUGAUUCCAGUGCUAAGAUGAUUUAUGUUGUGUCCGGGAGUGGUCGUGUCCAGAUUGUGGGCAUUAAUGGGAAAAGGGUUUUGGACGCUGAAGUCGAAGCUGGCCAUUUGGUGGUUGUGCCAAGGUUCUUUGUGGUUGCUGCCAUUGCUGGGGAACAAGGUUUAGUCUGCCUCUCUGUCAUAACAAGCUCACUGCCUAUUUUAGAGGAUAUUGCAAGCAACCAAUCAAGCUUCGCUGCUUUGUCCGAAGAGGUGUUACAAGUGUCGCUUAAUGUGAAGGCAGACUUUGCAGAACUUGUCAAGUCAAAGAUUAGAAAAAGCUCCCUCAUCCUAGCAUCAAAACAUAAUUAAUUUUCAUGCAUCCAUCAUUUCUACAUGUAUUAAUUCGGUACAAGUUUAUUGGUUUCCUUGGAUGCAUAUGUGAUGUGUUCUCAAUAAAGUUCUAAGAACAAUAUUAAUAGCAUUUAGUCCAUUCUCUUUAUCAAAAUGUUGGACAUUUUCAUAAGGUUUGUUUAAUUUUAAUGUUAUAAUAAAUUAUUCCUUUCCGUUA